AUGUCCAAAUUGUUCAUUGGUGGCCUAGCAUGGCAUACCACGGAUGAAACCCUACGUCAGGGCUUCUCCAAGUUUGGAAGCAUCGAGGAGGCUAUCGUCGUGAAGGAUCGCGAUACCAACCGCAGCCGGGGAUUUGGAUUUGUUCGUUUUGCCAGUGAGGGCGAGGCGGAAGCCGCUAUGAACGAGAUGAACAACCAGGAGUUUGAUGGUCGCACCAUUCGCGUUGACAAGGCUGCUGAUCGCCCGUCUGGCCCGCGCAAUGACGGCUUUAACCGCAGCAACUACAGCCGUUUCGAAGGCGGUGGAGCAGGUGGUUACAAUCGAGGUGGUUAUGGUGAGCUUUCUUCCUCAUAG